AUGCUGAGCCAUCCGCCUAAGCACAGCCAGCAUCUGCGCGCCACGCAGGAUCUACUCUUGGUGAUAGCUUUUGAGCUGACAGUCCGCGGACAGUGCGAUUACUACACCAUGUCGGCUCAUCGUGACACGCGCAAUGACGACCUCCCAAGAGAGCCUGCGACCUACCUGCGACCUCCCCCACCUCCAAGCGGGCUUGCCGGCGACCUACAGCCCCGCGACAAGUUCCAGAGAGCGAUCAAGCUUCUCGAAGCCCACGAAGCAGAGCGCGACAAGUCGGAGAAUGAUCUGCUCAAGCGAACUCUUGAGUACUCUCAAGCCAAUGAGAGGCUCAAGCGCGACAACACUGCUCAGGCCGAGCGAAUCCGUGAUCUGGAGCGGAUGUUGAACCUUCCCCCACCUGGAUUCAAGCAUGCCGGCGACUGCGAUGGGCGUAGUGCUCACUUCGCAAGCGAACACUUUCCGCACAUAUGUGCGAGCGACCCGCGACUCUUUGUCAAGCUCAACCACCUGGCGACCGUCCCAGAGCCAGCUUCACGUCAUGGGCUGCUUCCAAGCGAGCGACCGCGACAGGACUGGAGCGAGGGCGCUCCACCAAACGUGUGCCACAUGGGCACUGGUGGUGCGGACCGUUUCUGCGCGAAAGAGCACACGACGUGCCCUUUCUGGCACUUCUGCGACCUCCCGGACCAUGUCUACAGGAUGGGAAGUGAGGCGUGGAAGCGAGGAUACGAGCGUCGGAAACGCGACAGGAUGCUCGACCGCGACCAAAAGGCUGGAGGUAAACGCCGUCGUGACGAGGAGUCGAUCUAUGGUCGGGGCGACAGCUCGAAGAGGCGAUUUGGUGAGGGGCGAUAA